UCACGCUCUCAAUUGUGUACAUGGAUGGAACACGACUGUGACGAAGGAUUGGAUCUGUUGAGCAUCCACCCACAUCAAGAUAUAGUCUCGAAUGUAGUCAUUGAGGAAGCAGGUUCCUCAAGUUUGGUUAGAGCUGGAAAUCUGCGAGAAGAUAAUCACAGAUUGAAGGCACGCAGGAGCUCCGAAUUCUCCAGGUUGUGGACAACCAAAGAGAAUUUAUAUUCAGAUUCAGAUGAACUGACCACGAGCGGUGCGAUCGAUCGUUUAUAUCCAAAAUCCUGCUCAUCCUCAAGACGGUCUGUUACGGAUGGAAUGUGUUACUCGAGGAUCGUGCGAACGGACAACUUCAUCCCGGGGAAAGAUAUCUUUGAGGACUGGGCUCGUAGCAUAAACGUCUCCGAGGACGGCACACUCUACGUCAUAGCUUACAAGUCCACGAGACAAAUUAUAAACGUAUCAGUGUACACGAGCAACGAAAAUUUUGCAACUUUUGCGUACUUGGACUAUCCGCAAAGCACGUAUGAGCUCAUUCUCGGCGUGGAGGAAGCUGGCUGCAACGACAUGCUAUUCAUUGGAGCUAGACCAGCCGGUGCAGAUUUCUUUGAAGGAGCCACCUCCAUCAUUGCAUGGCGAGACAAGAAGUUCCUGUGUGUGAUAGUCAGUCCAACACCCAACGCCAUGCGCUACUACACCAAUAUAUCGGAGGCUUCCUCUGGGUUUUUAUAUUUCGGCUGCAGCGAUGGUACAAUUGAAGUCUGGAAACCUCACCAUACUCCCAACCAGGGAUACGUUUUCGUCUCCCACUUGAAUGGCCACCGUGCUCCAGUUCACAAGCUCGUGGUUGAUAAGUUCGACACAUUGUACAGCGUUGAUGUCGGGGACGAAAGCCACAUCCGAGUGUGGCGAAACUUUGUGCACGUAGCCACUGUGAACUUGGGUUGCGAGAGCGUACAAACGAUUGCUUGUACCUCAGAAGGGAGAUUAUAUGUGUCAACUAAGAGUGGAGAAAUCAUGUGGCGUGGCAUGGUCGACCUUUUGCCUGAUGCCAACCAAGUACCGGGACCUUCAAAAGCUUCACACGGCACUGCCACUAACACUGGUGGUGAAGAUGCAUUGCGAGGGACGAGCUUGCAUCUGAAACAAAUCAGUUCCCCAAUGAGCUCUUGCUGUAAGUUCAGUUUCGAAGCUCGUGUUGCAACCGCAGCUGUGGUGCAUGAGAUGGCCAAGAAUUCGGGUGUAGAUGGGGGUGGUAAUGGUCCCGUGAUGCUUGGUUCUGAGAUCCUGCGGCCAUUGUACCGGCCCGAGGGGUAUAUCAUCACCAACACAUGUGGGUGCACCAUAUUGCCUGGAUCGGAGGUGAUGAUUAUGGUGACAACGGAGGAGACGUUCUCCAUCCAGGCAUGGUAUGGAAAUGUGUGCAUUGCGAAGCUCAACACUGGUCUCAAGUUUAAUCAGUUCCAAACCCUGGAUUGCGCUAAAGAUGGUACGCUUUAUGGCUUAGUGAAUGAUAACAUUUACAUUUGGAAGCUGGUUUGAUAAUGUACUGGAGCAGUUGGUUACUGAGUACCCAUGACAAUUUUAUUUGACUGUAAAGUGAAUAAAGCUACUCCAUGAGGAUGGUACCUUGGAAUA